AUGCCAGUCGAGGUUAAGAAAGUACUUAUCCCCACCUUCGGAGGUCCAGAAAAAGUCCAGGUCGUCCGUUCGACGUUAGCCGACCCAGCACUAAAUGAGGUCCAGGUUCAGGUUCUUUACAGUGGCUUCUCUGGUGCCGACAUCAACAUGAGAAUUGGAGUUUAUCCGCUGCAAAGGAAGGCUCCCCUGACUCCAGGAUACUGCUUCGUUGGCACCGUCCAUGCAUUGGGAGCGCAGAGCACCAAAUUUGCCGUGGGAGAUAUGGUCGCCUGCCUCUCGAUCUACGAUGCCCAGGCGACGUUCACCAACCAGCCAGAGCAACACCUUGUGCCACUCCCUCGCGGACUAGACCCGCAGAUUGCCACUACCCUGGUUCUCGAUUGGAAUACUGCGUACGGUAUGGUCAAGGGCAAGGGCACUGAAUGGAAAGGCAAAAAGGUGUUUAUUCAUGGCAUGAGCGGCGCUGUUGGAUAUGCAUUGAUGAUGCUCUGCCUGCUAGAAGGAGCACAGGUCUACGGCACAGCGUCCGCGCGGAACCACCAAGCAAUCCGCGACCUAGGCGCCACGCCGUUUGUCUACACCGAUAAGCACUGGAUGACCGUGGUGAAAGAACUCGGUGGCGCUCAUGGCGUAUUCGACGCCCUCGGAUUCGAGAGCUGGGACGAGUCUUACUCGAUUCUGGCCAACGGUGGAACCCUCUUUGGCUAUGGAGGCAAUCUUGGGACAUUGAACAACCUAGAAUCAAGGUCGGUCAUCUGGCCAACGUUGAAACUGUUCGCGCGCAACCUGAAUCUAGCAUCUUGCAAAUCGACUACGUUCUACUAUAUCUCCCGAGAUCGAGCUUCGUUCAAGCCCCAGACCGAGAAAGUGUUUGAACUGGCCUUGCAGAACAAGAUCAAACCUUCGAUCAAGAGGGUGUUUGAGUUGGAUGAUGUUGCUACAGCUCAUCGGGAUUGGACGAGGCUGACUGGGAUGGGUUCUGUCGUUGUGCACAUCUCAUAA